GCGACUUAAGCGCCGCCUCGAUGAAAGUUCAAAAGCACGGAUUGGUCGUGAGGGUUGCUAGUCCGGCCCCGUUUCAAAUUUCGAGUACCCAGAAUGCAGCGCGGAGUGCCAUGUACACUUGGAGGGCACUCUAAGAGUACGCUUAGGCGAGUUAAGCGCUCUUCGCCAGCUAAAGAGUCUUACAUCAAGGGUGCUCUAUAAAACGAGUGCUAUAGCCCGAUCGCUGAUUUAUUUAUAUAGUUAGUCAGUUUGUUUAUUGAAUUUCGGAUAUUAUCGCGUUCGAGUGGUUCAAAAAGCGUCCCUAUCCGGCCGCGCGCUUUUCAUGGUUCUUGGGAUUUUUGAGUGGGUGCGGAUCUUUUGGUGCUUGUCGUUGUCUAUGGAUUAAAAAGAGGACUAGUAUUUAUUUUUCGGACAUUGACCGGUGCUUUGUGAAAGGAGGAUCGUUCUUCGCGGUCCUGGAGUCCAUGUCUGGAGGUGGCAACUACGGGGAAGGUCCCGUGGUGCCUGUGGACCGUGGCACUGGUCCUAGUGCGGCCGAUCUUCACGGGCUCUUGCCCGAGCUCAAUGGCGUCGAGCUGGCAAUGAGCCUGAGCCCAAAAGGUCACCUAGGCCAGGGCUCGCUAAGUCACUUGCAACAAUUGCACCAUCACUCGACGCCGUUCAGCGUCACCGACAUUUUGAGUCCCAUCGAGGAAUCUUAUCGGAAAUUGGAAUUGGCUGCGAAUAAUCCACCUUCACCUUACAGAUCCACUUCAAGUGGUAGCAGCAUAAAUUCUCCGGGCGUUCCAACAACGAGCACUUCGUGCAGCAUGAACGGAGGUUAUCCGGUGAUGGGUCAGUUCGGUGGCGGGCAAUAUUGUCCCGUCUCCGAAAAUCUAGGUUUGCCUCCUCAUUAUUCUUCGGGCUGGUAUCAAACUUCGGCUGCUGAUCCACGAUUUGCAAUUUCCAGAUUGAUGGGUACGUCAGCGGCAUCGGCCAACAUGGGGCACGGUUUGAACGGAGGGAUGCCGGGCCUAGGGCCGUGCGCCGGCGUCGCAGACAGCAAACCCAUGCAAUUCCCGUUGGCGCAACGUCGCAAGAGGCGGGUCCUUUUCACGCAAGCCCAGGUUUACGAACUGGAAAGACGUUUCAAGCAGCAAAAAUACCUUUCGGCUCCCGAAAGGGAACAUUUGGCAUCGUUGAUACAUUUAACACCAACGCAGGUGAAAAUCUGGUUCCAGAACCACAGGUACAAGUGCAAGCGUCAGGCGAAAGAGAAGGCGAUGGCCGAACAAAACCAACACAACCAGUCAUCAAGUUCACCGCGUCGAGUGGCAGUACCGGUCCUAGUCAAAGACGGCAAACCGUGUUCGAGCAGCAGCAACCAAACGACGUCGUCCAACGCGCAGUCGAACGCCGAUCAGUCGCGCGCCGCGCAGCAAUCGGUUGCGGCGGCGUGUCAGUCCAGUCAGGCGCAGGCGCAGUGCAUGGCCAAUUCCGGAUUGGCCAUGGCCUACGGCAGACAACAGACGAAUUAUCAGCAACAGUGCAGCGCCUACUUGCCGUUACAGGCGAGGGCGUGGUAGUGUCACGAGCAGUACGGGUUAGUCUACAAUAGUGAUAUGUGAAUGAUGAUUAUGCGACUUUUUGUGUGAAGGUUAGAGGCGUUUUUGUUUGUGUGUGAGAGUUGAUUUUAUUUUAGACUACCCGUGCUAAUUUUUUAGUUAAGAUUUAAAAGUACAAGGUUUUCCUAGUUUGCAAAAAAACAAAAUAAACAUUUGGACUCUACAAACUUAGAGGCAAGCAGGUAAUUUUUAGGCUGCCGGCUUUGUUCCUCACUAUAAGUUCUGUUUACUACAAAGGCUAUAAAAUGCCUACUGCUAAAUUGUUUUUUGAUACAAAAUAUAAUUUAUUUGUAAAAAUACUAUAUUAUAGGCAUGCUUCAAUUUCUAUACCAAUCACAACAUGCCAUACAACUGGGUCGAUUACCUCUUUGACAGCUCACAGUUUCAGCCGCAAGAGGUUUAUUUGUCAUUUGGCUUUUGACAGAUGAUAAUAAAUGCCAAUCAUAUAAAGACGGCCUUGGAUUAAUGUAGUAGAGGAUGUGUCAUCGAUAUACAGUCGUGAGCAAUGGUCGUGAGCAUUAAAAGUGGGACACUUGAAUGACAGAGAUCUUGUCAUUUUUUUCUAUUGGUAAAUAUGUCUUUUCUGUACAACGGACUUUUCGUCAAAUAUGACAAUCCCUGUCAUUGCCGACGGUGUAGCUGGUGAGCCCGUUUUACAAUAGGAAUACUCGGGUGUCCCAUUUUCAAUGCUCAUGACUGUACAUAGCUACCGAAACGAAAUACUUUCAAAACCUCUAAUUUUUCAAGGAUUUACACACUACACAGAUACAGAAUAACCUAUCCUUAUAAGACCUCCUGUGUAGUUCAAAUCGCAAGACCCCCACCACGCCAAAAUACCACUGAUGACGCAGACGGCGUGUCGUUUCUCGAGUAGGAUGUUUGCACCACAGACUAUGAUUCCGCUGGCUUUUGCUUUAUGUAUUCUUGGUUUUAGUACAUUAAUUACCAUUCUAAAACAAACCUUUUUAUAUCUCGUUUGCAUCUGCCUAUUUGCCUAUUAUGGUAAAAUUAAAUAAUAUUUUUUUUCAUAAAAUGUAUAUUCUAAACUACAACCGCUGGCACAAAAAGCUAAUGAUACCGUUGAUGACGUCGACAACGGUGCAACAUCAUAUGAUCUUGAUUACAAAAAUCGAUGCCGAUGAGCAAUCCUGUAGUAGUGUGUAAUAUUAUUGCUACUUCUUGCUAGAUAUCGAUAUUAUUGACCAUUGACCCUACUUGCAUUAUGAUUGACACAAGAACGAAGAACAUUAGUUUAAAAUUAUGGAUGACAAAUAGCUUUGUUCCAACGCAGCAGGAAACCGUACAAUGUAUUGUCAUGAUUCUGCGCAAAACCUAAAAUGUGUGCGUCGAAUCAGAAAUUCGUAUACAGAGUGGUUUUGAAACCGUUCAUGAAACACUUUUUGAGGCGUCGGAACAGGCCAAAUAUUGACAGUCAUCAUAACAACAUUGAUAACUGACAUUUGCAUUUUACAAAUGAAGUUCGAUGUUGUUUUUAAUUUUGCAAGAUACAUAUUGAUAUAUGCACUAUCAUCGAAACCGUAUCGUCACCAAAAGUUUCUGGGACAAAAAUAAUUCAUAUUAAUCUCCUGGACUACUUCUACCAUCAUCCAUUUAAUUCAUACUUUGACAAAUAUUUGAAACUAAAAAUUAUAUAAUAGUACAAGAGCUAAUAUGAUGCUGUCCAAGUUACUUUUGGUAACGAUGGUACAUCGUAUCGAUAAAUCCUUCUCUAGUAUGCACCAAAAACCUUGUACUUAAUUUGUAAAAGAACGAAUUAAAGCUUUAAUUUUGUAAAUUUAUUUGUUUUAAAUGUAAAUACUUUCCUUUUUUUUUAAAUAAUUAUUCUUGUUGUAUGUAUGUAUUAUGUAUACGCUGAUCUCUACUCUACGAUUUUUUCUUCUUGACGAAAACAGGGUUAUAUAAAAUGUAGUGAAAUCAUAAUAAAAUAUUAAUUUAUUUUAAUUUUAAUUAAAAUAUGUGCAAUGUGCAAUGAAUAAUAAACAAAUUUAAAAUAACAACAAUUACACACGAAGCAAUAAUUAUUUUGUAUUAUUAUUUUUAAAGCAUAUUAUACUUAUUAGAUCCAAAAUUAUUGUAGAUAUUCAAAGGUAUUAAUUUAUUUAUAAUAAUUGUUGUAAAUAUUUAAUUUUAUAUUGUUUUCAAUCAAAAUGUAAAUAACUUUUAGUCAAAAUUGUUAGAUUAAAAUGCACUCAAACUCAAACUGUAAUGUCCCGCAAAAGUGUUUUUAAUUUGGAAAAAUAAAAAAAUAAUUUAUUAUUUGAC